ACAGCGGAUCCCAGUGGGUGCCCAUCCCAACCCAUGGGCCUGGCACUGGUUCAGGGCCCGGCUGGCCGAGGGUGCUGGCGGGGGCCCAGCACCGCAGGGGCUGUCCCUGCUCAGCUGUCGCUGUCUGUGACGCUCCCCAUGACGGUCCCAUGGGCUCAGCCUCGCCGCCAGCACCCAGUGCCCGCGCAUGGACCUGUGCCACGUCCCUGCCACCCGGGAGAAGGGCUGGUACCUGGCGCUGAUGGCCCCCAACGUCAAGGGUCCCAACUACGCCUGGCUGGACCCCUCGCGGCUCUACUGCCACCCGCAAGGCUUGCAGGACUGCGUGGCCGACCUGCUGCAGCCCUUCCAAGGAGACCCCAUUGACAUGGUGGCCGGCAUCGACGCCAUGGGCUUCAUCCUGGGCUCUGCCGCUGCCGCUGUGCUGCAGAAAGGCUUCCUGGCCAUCCGCAAAGCCGGGCACCUCUGCGUGCAGACGGCAGCCCAGCCCUACACCGACUACUCGGGCAGAGAGAAGGUGAUGGAGGUCCGCACCGAUGCCAUCUCGCCCGGUCUGCGCAUCCUCCUCGUGGACCAGUGGAUUGAAACCGGGGGCACCAUGAGAGCGGCCAUCCAGCUGGUGGAGCGGCUGGGGGGGGUCGUGGCAGGCGUCGCUGCCAUCUGCAUCGAGGACAGCGAGGGUGGGCGAUGGAUCCAGGAGCGCUACAAGUGCUCCCACUGCGUCCCCCCGCGCCUGCAGCCCCGCUUCAACCACCAUCAGUUAGGCUGGAACUGAUGGGGCUGGCUCCAUGGGUGCCCCCUGCAUCCCACAUGGGGCAUAGGGAUGCUGGCUCUAUAGGAUGGGGAUGUCCAGGGCAUCCAUAGCGUGUUCCUAACCUCUCCUGGGUGACAGCCACCAUCC